AUGCAGCCGACACAGUACAUCCUCAUUUCUCUACCUCUGAGGAUCUUUGACGAUCACCCUCUCACAGCGCUAUCCGCAACGGUUGGGCGGGACAAUGGCGAAACACUGGCGUUCCCGAUACCUUCAUUCAAGAUCGGUACACUCGAUGCACUCGUUCAGCAUGCGGAUGACCUCGCGAAGCUCAACGCCUCAUGCGAGGCGGCCGUCGGCAAGGUAGCGGACUCACUCAAGGGGAUCCUCGAUGGUGACGAUGAUAAGGCCGCACAGCAGAAGAUGGUCAACGACAAACCCACAGAUCACUAUCUCCGCACUUUUCAGUGGAACAAAGUCAGGUACCGGGCCGAUCGGCCACUCGGAGAUUUGAUCGAUAAUUUGCAGAAGGAAUUGCAAAACAUUGACAACGAUGUUAAAGCAAAAUUUAACCAAUACAACGGUGUCAAGACGACACUCGCAGCCCUACAGAGGAAGCAGACUGGGAAUUUAGCUACAAAAUCUCUGACCCCGGUUGUCGAUCCCAGCCUCCUCGUCCAGGACUCGGAGUACCUGGAGACGCAUCUCAUCGUAGUACCAACCAACGCACGGAAGGAGUUCCUCCGAAGCUACGAGACGCUCGCUCCCAUGGUGGUGCCGCGAUCAUCCACUCAGGUCGCCCAAGACGAUGAAUUCACUUUAUUUUCAGUGACGACCUUCAAGAAAACAAGCGCCGAGUUCCUGCAGAAGUGCCGGGAGCAAAAAUGGACCCCCCGUCAAUACAAAUACGUCGAGGGGGGGAAGGAGGAGGAGCAGCGUGAGCUAGACCGCGUCGCUCGGGAAGAAAAGAAGGUCUGGGGUGAAGCCUUGAGGCUUGGUCGGACGGGAUGGAGUGAGACCGUUAUGAUCUUAGCUCACAUUAUGACGCUACGAGUGUUUGUUGAGACCGUUCUGAGAUACGGCCUGCCAUUGGAGUUUGUUUGCGCGCUCAUUAAGACCACACCGAAACAAGGGAAGAAAGUAAAGGCAAAUCUAGACUCGGCAUACUCGUACCUUGGGGGCAACGCUGUUGGUAGGGACAAGCGGGGCCGGGUCACUAAGGACGACGCGUCGUUAACGUCCGAGAUGGCUGCGGUUGGGUUGGGCUCUGCCGAAGGCAGCGAGUACACGGCCUACGUGUAUUAUGAGGUCGACUUUCCGUGA